AUUAAUCGUUCUAUCAACAUAACCAAAUACUCAAUCAACAUGUUUAAGGUUCUUGCCUUGUUCGCCUGUCUGGCUGUUGCUGUCUCGGCCUUUGACUACUACAGCCAUCCUAGCUACAAGUAUGAAUAUGGCGUAAAGGAUCACCACACCCACGAUCACAAGAGCCAGUGGGAACACCGCGAGGGAGACCACGUCAAGGGCCAGUACACUCUGGAUGAAGCCGAUGGAACUCACCGUGUCGUGGACUAUCAUUCGGACCAUAAGGGAGGAUUCCAGCCCCAUGUUCAGCGCAAGGGACACGCCCACCAUCCCCAUGGAGAGAGCUGGGCCAACAUCCAUCAACACUACUGAAACCCGAACCGAAACCAGCUACCUACUAACUUAUUGAUAACCACCACAAAACGCGCCAGGUGUUCACAACUGACCAACCUCCUCAAAUCCAAACCAAAGAGCCUAAGCUGAAU